AUGUCGAUGGUACCAGCUGCACGCCGUGGGUGUAUCAUGGGUGUUCGGUUUCCCCGUACUGAAGCAGAGUUGAUCAACUUUCUGAAAAGGUUCCUAAAGGGCGAGCUUUUGCCGAGUGAAUGCCCUAAUUUCCAACUUGCCGAUAUCUAUGGAGACCAACCACCAUGGCAGAUAUUUGGAGCUUCUGAUCAUCCCGAAGAGAAGGUUCGCUAUAUUUUUACUCGGUUGAAGAAGCAGAAGAGCGAACAUACAAGGGUUCGUCGAACUUGCGCCAACGGGACAUGGAAAGGCCAAACCGGUAUUUUUCCUAUCAAGAAUGGUAAGGGAACUGUGGUUGGGUUUAGAAGACGUUUCAAGUUUCAAACUAGUAGUAAAGAAGGAGAGCACAAUAAAGAUUGGCUGAUGAAAGAAUAUUCCGUCGGGGAUGAUUUCUUCAAAGAAAACAAUAUUCCUAAAGAGGAUAUUGUAGUGUGCCGAAUCAAGAAGAAUAUAAGAGCUGAGAAAAAUCAUGGGGUAUUGACGACUUUGGAGAUAUAA